UGAUACGCCGUGACUUCGAAUCGCUUGACAAUAAUAGGAUUGUUAAAACAUUUAAAGGGGGAGUGAGCGUCUGGGUGCAUAACCGCACAUUACUGGAAAUUUUGUACAAACAAGCAUAAUUUAUAUUUCAAUACUUUUUUGGAGGUCUUUGAGUUAUAGAAAGAGAACCGGCCGUGCAUGGGUCAACGUCGGCAGGUAACCCCAUCUCCUGACCAUCCCACUGAGGCAGAAUGAGUUCUAAGGGGGGAGGAAGCACAGCUCUGACCCGACGAAACUACAGACUGGCCUCCGACACAGACAAGCCCAAAGUCACAGGUAUUGUGAAUGAGAAAUUACUGAGUGACUACCUACACCAUGUAUUUCCUGCCUCUCACCUUCCACGCCCCCCACUGGCUUCCCUCAGGAAACCUCUGGGCUUCCAGGACCUGGGGGCUCAUCUGGAGAGGCUGCUAACUGAGGGAGAGCCUACUGAGGACACCAGAGAUCAGCCAGUUGAUGGUUGUCUAGGUCCUCUGACCGUGGUCCUGGAUCACACCAGUGGCUUCGAGGGCCUCCUGUUUGUGGAUGAUGAUCUGCUGGGGGUCAUAGUGCAUAGCAAUUUCAGUUCCAUUAGAGCUACUACCUGUGUAUACAGAGGGAAAUGGGCGUACGAGGUGCUGAUCUCGUCACAGGGCCUGAUGCAGAUAGGAUGGUGCACUCUGAACUGCAGGUUCAACCAGGAGGAAGGUGUGGGUGACACUCCAGACUCGUACGCUUACGAUGGAAACCGAGUCAGGAAGUGGAACGUAACGACCACUAACUAUGGCAAGUCAUGGGCAGCUGGAGACAUAGUGAGCUGUUUGAUAGACCUUGACGAGGGAACCAUCACAUUCUGUCUGAAUGGCCAGUCCCUGGGCACGGCGUUCAGUAACAUUAAGAUGGGUCCAGGUGUAGCCUAUUUCCCUGCUAUCAGCCUGUCCUUUAAAGAGUCCGUGGCGUUCAACUUCGGCAGUCGCCCCCUCAGAUACCCUGUAGAGGGCUACCUGCCCCUCCAGAACCCUCCAACUGCAGACCUGCUCAGGGCUCACAAACUACUAGGUUAUAUCAAGACAGUCUUGUCUACCACCUUAGACACACAGGAGGAGAAGGUGCUGGUGAAAGACAGUGCCUGCUGGAGCCUACAUGGAGAACCCACCACUCUAGUGACUCUGGCGCACAUCUUCAACUACUUUGCCCCACUUAUGUGUAAGGUGUAUCUAGUAGAAGGUGUGCUGAUGAACUUCCUACUGGGUAUACUGGAGGGGGGAGGCUCAGUGGACGAACACCCUCUCAUCCAGCAGCUUCUGGACCUCUUCUGGCUUCUCAUGGAGGACUACGAGGUGAACGAGUGUCUGAAGCAGCUGAUGAUGUCACUGCUGAGAGCCUAUAGAUUCUCCCCCAUCAUCCCAGACUUGGGCUUCCAGAUUCACUACCUUCGUUUGACGACAGCUAUUCUGCGCCAUGAGAAGUCCAGGAAGUAUCUGCUCAGCAACGUUCUGUUUGAUGUUUUGCGCUCAGUGGUGUUCUUCUACAUUAAGACUCCUCUGAGGGUGAAGGAGGCGGGACUAGAGGAACUCAUCCCCACCACCUGGUGGCCCACACGCUUCGACAAAGAGGGAAAGGAGUCUAAAGAUGAGAGUGCAGAGGAGAGGCUGAGGCGCCGGGCCUACGAGAGAGGCUGUCAGAGGCUUAAGAAGAGGAUCGAGGGCCUGCAUCCCACAGCGCUGUGUCCUCCAGAAUACAUGGUGUGUUUUCUGCAUCGUCUCAUCACGGCCGUAAGGAGCUACUGGGACGAAGGGAAGAUGAAGAACCCUGGGUGCGUCAGCAGCGACGAGGCCUAUGUUCCGCCUCAGCUCUUCUACAAUGGGAAGGUGGACUACUUUGACCUGCAGCGACUUGGAGGCCUUCUCUCUCAUCUGAAGAAAACCCUCAAAGAUGACCUGGCCUCCAAAGCCAACAUCCUCAUGGACCCAGCUGAGAUCCAGGCUACCUCCAUGGAUGAUUUGGAUGAGGAGGAGGAGAGUGGCUCAGCUCAGAGGCCCUUUGGAGCGGUGGCUAUGGGUGGUGCCCUGGCCAGACCCAGCUGGCUCAGUUCUCCCACUCUGGGCCGAGCCAAUCGUUUCCUGAGUACUGCUGCUGUCAGCCUCAUGACUCCCAGGCGACCCCUGGCACCCCCGGAGAAAGUUAAAGUUCGCACCCUGGCCGUGGAGCAGAGGACAGAGGAGGACAUCGAGGGAAGCCAUGGUAACGAUGGCCUGUUGCUGGGGCGACCGUUGGAAGAGCCCGACCAUCCAAUCACAGAGAAGUCUCUGCUGGAGAUUUUGGAUGGGAUUGUGAUGAUGUACAACCUGAGUGUUCAUCAACAGCUGGGCAAGACCAGACAUCUUGGAGGAGCUGCUGAAGAGUCAGAAGGUAUUUGCUGAGAAGCUGAAUCACCUGAGUAGAAGACUGGCCUGGAUCAACGCUACCAUCUACUGUAAGGAUAAGAUGCUGGAUGUGUACUGGCUACUGAGGGUGUGUAUACUCACCAUCCAGCACGCUGACAACACAGGAACGUUGUUCGCCUUCGCCCCAGAGUUUUACCUCAACGUAGCCAUGAACAGCUACAGCUCUCUCAAGAACUACUUCAGCCCCUCCAACUGCAUGGACCAACUGCCAGGCUACGAGGACACCCUCACUCAACUCGCUGCUAUCCUCGCUAAGCACUUUGCUGACCCGCGCAUCGUUGGAACAGACAUCAAAGACUCCCUCAUGCAGGCUCUGGCCAGUUACGUGUGUUACCCACAAUCCCUCAGAGCCGUGGAGAGGAUCCCAGAGGAACAACGUGUGUCCAUGAUGAGAAACCUGCUGGCCCCGUAUGAACAGAGGCCCUGGGCUCAGACUAACUGGAUCCUGGUGCGCCUGUGGAGGGGUUGUGGGUUUGGGUACAGGUACACACGGCUGCCUCAUCUGCUCAAAACCAAACCAGAGGAUACCAACCUUCCCAGUCUGCAGA